AUGGGUGAACCGGUCGCGUUCGUAGGUCGCCGCGGAGUAUUAAAGGGUCAAAUGACGCGUAUUUUAAGUUACACGCAAGGAGAUCGACGUAGCCUCGAGGUCAAUCAAAUAAAAAGUCGAAAAGAUCGUUUAAAAGAAUUAUUUGAUGCGUUCGAGGAAGUUCAAUCGGCGAUUGUGAGGCACUCGAAGGCGUUGUAUGGAUUGCCAGCUCUUACGUCGGAAUCGUCAUUACAAUUACGUAAAUUAAUUAAUGGACUAAACGGUCAUAUUAAUGCUCUUCAAAUGUUAGGGCAGCAGCCUAAAUUGUGGGGUUCGUUGCUAAUUCAUCUGAUUACGAUUAAACUCGACAAAGAAUGCCUUCGCGAAUGGGAAACAGUAUCAGAAAAGAAGGAAAUCGCUACGGUAGAAAAGUUAUUAGAAUUUCUACAAAACAGAUUUCUAGUGUUGGAAUCAAUCGAAUCUUCAAAUGGUGAUAGUGUACAGCCACUGGCCGAUCCACAGUAUUAUAAACCACAAAAAAUUGAUAUUAUCUUAGGCGCAUCGGUGUUUUUUGAAGUAUUGGGAAAUGAUCGCAUUCAGCCAGUAGAAAAUGGAGUAUUCUUUCAGGAAACGCACUUCGGUUAUAUUAUAAGUGGCCAGGUACCCAGUAUAAAAAAUAAUCCAUCAAACUCAAUUAUGUCGUUUGUCGCGUGUACCAACAUACUAAGAUUGGAAGAAAAGGUUUCAAGAUUCUGGCAAUCAGAAGAGAUAUCGCCUGAAAACUCGUAUUCACUUGAAGAAAAAUUAUGUCGACAGCAUUUUGAAAACACCGUAAAAAGACAAGAAAGCGGAAGAUUUACGGUUUGUUUGCCGUUUCGCGAGUCUGUCACGAAAUUAGGCAAAUCAUUCGAUAUAGCGUUGCGAAGAUUUCUGGCAUUAGAACGACGAUUAAAUGCAAACAAGUCAUUAAAAGAAGAUUACGUUAAGUUCAUGGAAGAGUACCAAAGUUUAGGUCAUAUGUCACCUGUGGAUUCCUAUGAUAGUGAAAAGCAUUAUUUUUUACCGCACCAUGCUGUAAUAAAAGCUGAUAGCACUACUACUAAACUACGUGUCGUUUUCGACGGCACAUGUCGAACUACUUCAAACUUAAGUCUAAACGAGGUAUUAUUGAAAGGUCCCGUAAUACAGGAAGAGCUUGUCACCUUGCUGGCACUUCCAGCUUCAUUUUUAGCAACGGGCUGUCUGCACAAGUUAGCAGAUGAAGAACUUCAAAACCACCCGGAUGUUUCCGAAAUUAUUCAAAAUGAUUUCUAUAUGGACGAUCUGCUGACAGGUUCAAAUACAAUUCCAGGUGUUAUACGUAUAAGGGACGAUGUUAUCAGUAUCUUGCGUAAAGAUGGAUUUGAAUUACGGAAGUGGGCCGCCAAUGAUCCUGUUUUAUUGGAAGGUAUGCUCGGAUCGAAUAACAAUGAGAACAAUUUAAUUUUAGAGUUAGAUAAUGGCCCUACAAAAAUUUUAGGACUUAUUUGGAAUCCAAAGGGUGACGUAUUACAGUAUAAAGUUACUCCAUACGAAAAAGGCUCCGUAAUUAACAAAAGAAAAAUACUGUCAGACAUAGCGUCAAUUUAUGAUCCACUUGGACUUAUAGGUCCUGUUAUAACUCAAGCAAAAUUAUUUUUACGCACUCUAUUUUGCAAAAAAUAUGAUUGGGAUGAAUCACUUCCGGAACAAAUAGAAAACGAAUGGAUUACCUUUAGAACUAAUCUAUAUUUUUUAAAACAAGUAAUCAUUCCGCGAAGCCUAAUAAUCGAUAACGAUAUUAAAGAGAUUCAGGUGCAUGGAUUUUCGGACGCGUCCAUGGAAGCCUACGGGGCUUGCUUGUACUUAAGGGUAACUUAUUCAGCAGGAAAUGUCGAGACACGACUAAUCGCCGCAAAGUCACGUGUAGCACCAUUGAAAACCCUGUCUAUACCCCGUCUAGAGCUAUGCUCCGCAGUAUUAUUAUGCCGAUUAUUUAACAAAAUAAUUAAAAAAUUAAAAUUAAACAUAAGUCACAAAUUUUGGUGGACCGAUUCAACAAUCGUGAUAGCUUGGAUUUCUUCACCUUCAACAAAUUGGAAUGUGUUUGUCGCCCACCGCGUAGGUGAAAUUCAAGACUUAACAUCAGCUCAUGGAUGGCGCCAUGUGAAAAGCGAAGAUAAUCCCGCGGACGUGAUCUCUUGUGGGCUGGACCCUGCACUUAUGCAAAGCAAAAAAAUAUGGUGGGAAGGUCCUGCAUGGCUAAAGAAAAAUGAAAGCGCUUGGCCAAUAGCAACUGAAGUCGAUAAGCAAAUCCAAAUACCUGAAAUACGAAAAACAAUUAACCUUGUGUCAACAGGUAACAAUGAUUGGUCGGUCAUUGAACGCAGUUCAUCUUUGCUGCGAUUAUUACGUAUUAUUGCGUAUUGUCUGCGUUUCAAUCGUCUUAAAGUAAGAAAUACCGGACCGAUACAAGCUAAUGAAAUAGCCAAGGCAACUCAAUGCAUAGUACACGCGGUUCAAAUCCAGCACUGGACAGAGGAAAUUGCCGACUUGAAAACAAUUGGACAGGUGUCUACAAAGAACAAAAUAUUUCGUUUAUGUCCAUUCCUAGAUCAAAAUCAAGUUCUCAGAGUGGGUGGUAGAUUGAAAAACGCCGAUACACUUGACACGUUCCAACGCCAUCCUAUGUUGAUCCCACAGACUUGCACCAUUUCUAAAUUGAUAUUUCGCGAUGCACACGAAAAAACAAUGCAUGGUGGUCCAGCUGCAAUGCUAUCUUAUGUGCGAGAGCGUUUUUGGCCAGUACAUGGACGUAGCAUGGCUAGAAAAGUAUUUUAUGAAUGCAUACACUGUUUUAAAACGAAACCUGUGAUUGUACAACCGAUAAUGGGUAACUUGCCAAGACAAAGGAUAGAACCAAGUCGUCCAUUUGCCGUAUGUGGUAUAGAUUUUGCUGGACCUUUCAUGAUCAAAGGCAGCUUGCGCCGAAACGCACUUAUGAUAAAAGGAUACUUAUGCGUUUUUGUAUGUUUUGCCACGAAGGCAAUACACCUCGAACUAGUUUGUGAUUUGUCAACGCAAGCAUUUAUAAACGCACUUAAACGUUUCACCAGCCGAAGAGGACUCUGCUCCGAUAUAUACUCCGACAAUGCAACUAAUUUCGUUGGUGUCAAUCGCCGAUUAUCAGAGUUAAAAAAUUUAUUUCACAAUGAAGAAAGUAUGGAAACUAUUCAAGGCUACUUUACCAACUUGGGGAUAAACUGGCACUUCAUACCUCCUCGAUCUCCCCAUUUCGGAGGUUUAUGGGAAGCUGCAGUAAAAUCGAUAAAGACUCACUUGUACAGAACGGUAGGUAACGCAAACAUGACUUAUGAGGAAUUAAACACUGUCGUAAUUCAAGUAGAGGCUUGCCUAAAUUCUCGUCCUUUGUGCCCAUUGUCCUCUGAUCCUUCCGAUUUAAAAGCCUUAACUCCUGGGCACUUCUUAACUGGAGAUUCCUUAGUCGCUAUACCUGAGACAGACGUCACCGCCACACCUAUGAAUAGAUUAAAUAGAUGGCGAAGAGUGACCCAGGCAUUUCAACAAAUAUGGUCUCGGUGGCAAAAGGAGUAUUUGGCUCAAUUGCAGCAGCGUAACAGAUGGGAGAAGGAGAAAGGGCCAAGGGUGAAAAUUGGUACGGUAGUAUUGAUGAAGGAAGAUAACAUACCUCUGCUACAAUGGAAAUUGGGCAAAGUAGUGCAAUUGCAUACCGGUCCUGAUAACGUUGUGAGAGUAGUCACAUUACUGUCUGCCAAGGGCCAAUUCACGCGAGCAGUCAGGAUGGUGUGUCCAUUGCCCUUUGAGGGGAAUCAAGAUGAUUAA